CCACCUCCGCAACAGCAACAGCAACAGCAACAGCAACAGCAACAACAGCAACAACAGCAACAACAACAACAACAACAACAAGGUGAUCAGAUGGGGGCGCUGACAAGUGCGACAUAUAUUCCGCAGGGAGAUACCUAUGGUGAAGGGGUGGGUAUACCCGGGCUGGGGCUGGAGGAUAGCGCUAUAGGGUGGAACAUGGGUGCACAUUUGGAGUCUGCCACGGCGACGCCGCUGGAUGAGAGUUCGGGGAGGGAUAGGUUGUACGCGAAUGCUAUGGCGCAGCGGGGGUCGUCGACGACGAGCAAUGCUACUGUCUCUUCGGUUUCUGUCCCGCCUGAGCUGGCGGCGCAGUGGCCGAUGGAGAAGGUGCUGGGGUGGUUGCAGGCGAAUAGCUUUUCGAGUCACUGGCAGGAGACGUUCAAGUAUCUUGGGCUGGACGGGGCGAGGUUUUUGGAGUUGGGGAGCAGUCAUGGGGGAAGGGGGAAUUUUGGGAUGAUGCAUCAGCAGGUUUAUCCGCGGUUGCUGGCGCUGAGCGGGCCGGAAUGGAACCAGGCGAGGGAGAGGGAGGAGGGGAAGAGGAUGAGAAGGUUGGUGAGGAGUAUUGUUACGGGGAGGCCGGUGGAGGUAAAAGGGGGGAGGUUAGGCGGGGGACAGCAGCAGCCGCAGCAUGCGAGGCAGAAUUCGACGAGCGCCCCGCCCGCGGUGACGGGGGGUCAGACGGGGAACAGGUCGGCCGAGAGCCCUAAUACGCCCAAUCCGAUCAAGAUCCCAGAGUUUGGGUUUAGCAGGAGGUUCUCCCAGUCUCGCGCCACGACGAUGCCUACGCUCAGCAGCACCAUGCCGACGGAUCACAGAAACAUGAUGAAAGAAAUUGACACCAGCCGCCGCCACAGCCCGACGUUGAGUGAGUCCGGCGAGGCGGGUGGCACAUUCCGUGGUGGUUCGACCCCGUUGAGCGGAGGCGGCGGCGGCGGCGGCGGCGGCAGGGACAGCCCGAGUGCCGGAAGCCCGAAUCCCGCCUCGGGUCUUUUCCCGUCCUCCACUGCUGGAAAUCUCUCAGCGUCUCCACACAGCAGCAGGUUCGGCCACCGAUCGCGAAACAGCACCGACUCUGUCUCGUCCAGUGCAGCAAUCUACGGCAGCGGUGUACCUGCCGACGCGGCCGCCAUGUUGAAGAGCGGCAUGAAUAUCGCAGAUGUGGUGAAUGCCGCCCGGAAUGCGAAUGACAGGCGGCAUGCCCAGGAUGGGGGGAGGCCGUCUCCGCAGGAGUCUGGUGGCGGGGAUAGGAGUGCGGGAGAGCCGCCUGGGAGCGCAAAGGGGAGUGGUUCGUUCUUGUCGAUUUUUACGAGGAAGAAGCACGGGAGGAAGGAUGAUGGGUUUGGGGGGGAUGAGGAUUCGCCGACGAGUCCGGGGUUGAGUUUUAAGCCGCAGAGCUUGGGGGAUAACAGGCCGGGAAGCAGUGCGGGCACGUACGGGCAUCAUCAUGCGGGCAAUGUGAGGGCGAAUCGGGGCGGGCCGAGGGUGUUCAUUCUUGCCACGGCUGAUUGUUGGAAUUAUCGGAUGCUGGAUGUGACGGAUAUCGAGACGGCAUCGGAUUUGAGGCAGUUGAUCUGCAUCAAUUUGGGGUUGCCCGAGAGCGAGGGGGCUCACCUCUACCCCACCGAGCUGGGCAGGUUUGAGCAUGAUGGGGAGGCUCUUGAUGAUUCGAAGCUGCUGGCUAUCAAGGCGCAGAGGGCUGAUGCGAUUGGAACGCUGAAGCUGUUUGUCCGUGUGGGUGGACCGCCACAGAUGCGCCAGACGGGCGCCCAGAUCGCCAUGGACGAGGAGACUUAUGUCAAGCUGAACGGAAGGAUGCGGUCUAGUUCGUCGCCGCCGACCUCGAGGCAGAACACGCUGACGGGCAAGGAGGGAGAGGACAAGAUGCUGACUGCAGAAGCGAUCGAGUACCGGACCGAGCAGCUGAGGAAACAAAAAGAGUAUCUUGCCAAACGUAAGCAGGUCGCUGAAAACAAUCACGUUGCUGACAGGAGCCCCUCGUCUUCCAUUGUUGGCAGAACCGUCGAUUUCGACCAGCCUCGGCACUCGCCCUUUGAGGACCGAAAGAUGGACACUUUGCUGCCCCAGCGCAAGCCGCCGGCGCCCCCUAGCGACCCCUCGGCCACGCUGAUCAAGGCGAACUCGUUGAAGAAGACGGGCCACGGCCUGCGCCUGUCGGGCGACAGCGGGUACCACCCCAAACGGAAGACGUCGUCUGACUUGCGCAGCAGCGGCGACGUCGUGUUUGAGAAGCAGAAGCGAUGGGGUCCCGUAGCCGACCCGUCGGCGGGCAUCGGGGCGCUGCUAGUGGGCAUGAGCGACGGCAUGGCCAGCAUAGCGCGGCCCCGGCCAGGGGGUGGCAUGAUGCAACAACGACAGCCGUCGCCGCACCGGGUGGCCACGGAACCUAUCACGUCCCAGGAGCUUCAAAGAGCGCGCGCCCCGUCGCCCGGGAACGUCAGCCCAAGCUCCCGACGGCGGCCGAGCGAUUCCUUCAGCAGCCAGGCGGCUGUAGCCAAGAAGCGGAAAUCACACGGUCCGGAUACCGAUUUCACGGACAACGAUGUGACCUUCUCGGCGAGCUCGAUGCCGGCGAGUAAGAAGGUGGACGACUCGGACUCGGAUGAUGAUUCGGAUGAUGGGCUGUUUGCCAUUCCCAUCGCGGCGAGGAACUCCGGUCCGGACAAGGGCAAGACGACAGCGCCAGCCGAAGGGAACAGCGGCGAUUCGGAUGGUGCUUCCGGCACCAGCACCGGGAAACGGCCGAGUUUGAGGCUGAACACGAGGUCGGGGAGCAACAGCCGGGCGAAGAAGACGCUUUCAGUGGCGUUUGCCGCCUCGCCGCAGUCGAGCAGUGCGGGGGGGAAGACGCCGUUGGAGGAUGAUGAUAGCGGGAGGUCGUCUUCGCAGAGGAGGGGGACGCCGGGGACGCCGCAGAGUGAAGGGGGGUGGGACUCGGAGGAGAAGGACAGCAAGAUUAGCAGGAGGAAGUCGUUCAUCGAGAAGGACGUGUGGGCCAAUCGUCCUCCGACGGACGCGCUGGUUAACAACCUGGAGGAUUUCUUUCCCGACCUGGAUGUUGACCAGCCGGUGCUGGAGGAGGGGGUGGAUCAGGAGCCGCCGUCGCCCAUUGCGGAAGGGGAUGAGAACAAUCAGGGGAGCGCUUCGGUGCCGCCGUUGCCGCCGCUGCCCCCGGGGUUGUCGACUGGGAAGUUGCACACUUUUUACAAUGACAACGACACCUUGGGAUCGGAUGAGUCGACGCUCAAGGCGCUUGAGUCGAGGCCUGUGUCGAUGCAGUCGCUCGCGCAUAGGAGCAUCAGGCGGUCGGGAGGGGGCGGCGGGUUGGGGAGGAUGAAGUCUAUCCGUGAGGUGGCCAGGGGGGCGAACGAGUUUGGCAAACGGUACACCCAGGGCCCUGGCCAAAUCGACGCUCAGAGCUCCGCCGCCGCUGCGGGGAAUAGAAACACCAACCUGAUGAGGAGGAAGAGCACAAAAAUGUUCAACGCCAACAUCGUCCAGAUCCAACCCGACAGGGGGUCCCUCAACCUCGCCAUGGGAGGGCUGACCACCAUCCCCCAAGACAGCCUCCCGACCCGGUCCACCAACAGCAGGGAGAGCAUCCCCAAACGCCAGACCACCUUCCGCUGGUUCAAAGGUCAGCUCAUCGGCAAGGGAACCUUUGGCAGAGUUUACUUGGGCAUGAACGCCACGACGGGCGAGUUCCUCGCCGUCAAGGAAGUAGAAGUCAACCCCAAGGCCGCCCAGGGCGACAAGAAGAAGAUGCAGGAGCUGGUCGCCGCGCUGGACCAGGAGAUCGACACGAUGCAGCAUUUGGAUCACGUCAACAUUGUGCAGUACCUCGGCUGCGAGAGGAAAGAGACGUCGAUCUCCAUCUUUUUGGAGUACAUCUCCGGCGGCAGCAUCGGCUCCUGCUUGCGCAAGCAUGGGAAAUUCGAAGAACCCGUCGUCGCGUCUCUGACUCGGCAGACGCUGUCUGGGCUGGCGUACCUCCACAGAGAAGGCAUCCUCCACCGCGACCUAAAGGCUGAUAACAUCCUUCUCGACCUGGACGGGACGUGCAAGAUUUCGGAUUUUGGGAUUUCGAAAAAGACGGAUAAUAUCUACGGCAACGACAAGACGAAUUCAAUGCAGGGGAGCGUGUUUUGGAUGGCCCCCGAGGUUAUCAGGAGCCAGGGGGAGGGGUACAGCGCCAAGGUUGAUAUUUGGAGCUUGGGGUGCGUGGUGCUGGAGAUGUUUGCGGGGAGGAGGCCGUGGAGCAAGGAGGAGGCGGUGGGGGCGAUUUACAAGAUUGCCAACGGGGAGACGCCGCCUAUUCCGGAGGAUAUCAGGGAGGUGAUUAGCCCGGUGGCGAUUGCGUUCAUGUUGGAUUGCUUUACUGUGGUCUCGAGCGAACGUCCGACGGCUGAUGUUUUGCUCAGCCAGCAUCCAUUCUGCGAGUUGGACCCAACGUAUAGCUUUUUGGAUACGGAGCUGUAUGCCAAGAUUGCGGGGAGGGUUAAUGAUUUGGGGAGGGGGCAGUAAUGAAGGCAAGGGGAGGUAAUGGAUAAAGGGAGAGUCUUUGGUUUUGGGAGGGAGACGAGCAAGCGUUUGAGUGUUUGUUACACACUCAUAGAUAUAUACACACACAUACAUACAGGCAUGACAUGUACAAGAGGAGGGGAGGGGCAAGCAUAAGAUAGCUUUGUUGUUAUAUAACUUUUUAGGUAGGAAGAAAUGGAAGGUCUGUUGGAGGGGAUAUCACGAUGUAUUGGUAAAGUUCAAAAACCAAGAGAGCGUCUUUCUACUUCAAGCAGUUCUCUUACUUGCUUGACAACAUUAUGAUAAAAAUCAACAAUCCAAAAAAAAAAAAAAAAAAAAGACCCAUCAAACGCCAU